CCACACGUGCUUGCUCAGGAUUUUCGUACAGUGACCUUCGUUUAGUAAUAUCGCAAAGAGGAAUGAACCAUUUAGUUAUUAAAGUCUGCCAGUUUCUACCUACAGAUGGGAUUUUGUGACUAGGACAUAUUUUCUGACAAAGUUGAUUGUAAGUUUAAGCCAUGGUUGUGCAUGUGCCCUUUAGAUUUUUGUUUAUUGACAGACUGGUGACAUUGUGCGCAUCUAAACAAAUUCACAACAGAAACAGGCAUGUUUUAAUUCAUCUGACUGAAAGAAGUUGUAUUGCAAGAACCUUUUGCACAUCUUCUGUGAGAUCUAAUGAGAAUGAGGAGGACUGUGCAGAUUCUUCACGCCUGAGCACCAAGCUGGCAUCCAGACAGGAUCUGCUUUCCAGGAGAAGGCGACACUUGUCCCCUAUGGAGAGGAUCAGCAGCCUCCUCCCUAAGGAUUUUCAGAGUCCAGAGGUGAUGCAGCUGAGAGAGGAGAGGCUGCAGGAACCAGAUAGAGAAGCAAACAUCCAGAUGUUGGACUCAGACUGCAUACAGCAGGAAAAUGGAUCAAACAGAGUCCCUAAAGAGGAACAUCUGGAGCCCCAGCGUGCAGUAGAGACAACACCAUCACUUUUGGAAGAGCAGCAGGUGUCACCCUCUCUUACAGGGGAGACCUUGCUCAGUUUUGGGGAGCUGCUUGUUGCCGAGUACCGAAAGAAAAAACUGCUGGAGUUCAGGAUGUUGUUCCAGCUUCAGAGCAAUGCUCGUCUGCAGAGCAGCUGGGGGGUCAUCCUGCACAAUGAUGUAGUCGGGCAGCCUGCAGGCUGUUUCCUAAAGACACACAGGGGUGUUCCCAUCUUCUUCCGCCGGGCCAGUCUGGAGGAUUACGUGCUUUACAUGAAGAGAGGACCUGCAAUCUCGUACCCCAAGGAUGUGGCCACCAUGCUGAUGAUGAUGGAUGUGACGGAGGGGGAUCGUGUGUUGGAGUCAGGCUCUGGGUCGGGGGCCAUGUCUCUGUUUCUGUCCAGAGCAGUGGGAGCGAAAGGCAGCGUGCUGAGUGUGGAGGUCAGAGAGGAUCACUACACAAGAGCUGUGAAGAACUACAGGAAGUGGAGGAAAUCGUGGGGUCUGCGACAAGGGCAGGAGUGGCCCAACAACGUGCAGUUUCACAACACCGACCUCUGCGAUGCCUCCUCGCUCCUCGCCGGUCGGGGCUUUCACUCCGUUGCUCUUGACAUGAUCAACCCUCAUCUGGCGUUACCCAUAGUGUUCCCACAUCUGCAUGUAGGAGGAGUUUGUGCCGUCUACCUCGCCAAUAUAACGCAGGUAAUUGAGCUGAUGGAGGGUAUUCGAUGUUACGCACUACAAUUUCUCUGCGAACGCAUCAUCGAGGUUCCGGUCCGUGAAUGGGUGAUAAUCCCCGCCCUGAAGAAAGAUGGACAGUACUGCACCGUCAAAGCCCCAAACCUGGGUGAAGAUCUGACGCAGAAAAGCGAGGCAUCCGAUGAGGCAAAACAAGACAAUAAUGGACCAAGCUUUGGGAGUAUUCCCUACAUCGCCAGACCUCACCAUAUUCAGACAAGUCACACAGCAUUCCUGGUGAAACUGAGAAAAUUUGCGAGUUAACGACAAUCCACCCUGGACAGAACUGAUCGUUUGAGA